AUGACUGAUAAAGAUGUGCCUAGAAAAAUAGAAAAAGAGACCACCACAAUGAUCUUAUAUUUGAACAUUGCCACAGCUUUUCCUGCCAUCAUACCAACUGUGUUUCUAGGAGGAUUGUCUGAUCGUCAUGGUAGAAAGGUUGUGUUGUUGAUAGCUAUAUCAGGAAGUUUGCUCCGUGCCAUUGUCUACAUUAUAGUGAUUAAUUUCAGACUUAAUAUCCAUUUCUUAUUCAUUGGAAAUGCUCUUGAAGGACUAUCAGGAAGUUUUGGAACUUGUUUAAUGGCAAUGUUCAGUUUGAUUGCUGAUAUUACAGAACCAGGACCAAAAAGAGCUGUUAGAAUCACUGCAUUAGAGGCCAUGUUGGCUAUUGCGUCUGCUUCUGGAUUGCUGAUUGCUGGUUACUGGGUGGGAAUGAGAGGAUAUUUUGAACCAAUGACAUUUGCCACAUGUCUUUUAGGUUUAGCGUUUAUUUUCACAUCAUUAUGCAUUCCAGAAACUCUUAGGGUUGAAAACAAAACUCCAUUUUCUCUCAAAAUCUUUAAAAAUUGUGUGCAGCUGUACACAAAAGAUACUGCAAAUCAUCGAAGAUGGAAACUAAUAAUUUGUCUGAUUUCAUUUUUUCUUGUGAUAUCCAUUGGACUUUCUCGUGUCUCACUGACCACUUUAUAUUUAUUGGAUGCUCCGUUCUGUUGGCCACAAACCAAGAUAAACCUAUAUUAUUCUUCAACUGUACUUGUCAACUGGAUUUCCAUAUUAAUCUUUGUAAAAUGGUGUGGUCCAAGUAUGUCUGAGAGAACGCCUGCUAUACUAGGAUGUGUAUCUAGUGUUGGAUCAUUGAUACUGUUAGGUAUUGCUGUUGAAGAUGUCUACAUCUAUGCCUCUGCUGCUGUCGGAAUUAUAGGAGAUGUUGUGUCACCAGCUUUAAGAUCUAUGAUGUCACAUCAAGUAUCACCAGUUGAACAAGGUAUAUUGUUUGCUAGUGUUGGAGUGAUAGAAUUAAGUUGUACAGCAAUAAUUGGCUCAGCAGCAACAUUAAUUUAUAAUCUAACAAUAGAAUUUUUUAGUGGUGUGGUAUUUCUAUGUAUGGCUGGUUUGAUAUUUAUUGUGUUUGUUCUGUUGAUGUAA